AUGUUUUGGAUCUUGAGCAAAACGAAAAAAGCCGAGCCUGGAGUCAUAAAUGAAAAACAGUUAAGUUGUAGAAGAAAGCUACAUAAAGAUGCGAGACAGCACUUCACCAGUGUAUCGGAACCACCAAGUCGAGGCACUUAUCCUUGGAAUCAAGGUUCUACAGAGCAAGUGGCCAGGAGAGGUGCUGAGAGCGGUUCUGGGAGGAUGGCCCUUGUCUCGUUUCCUGUAUUGCGAGAAGUUUAUAUGUACGAUUAG